AUGUUUCAAUCUCAACCAAUAAUCAAUACCAAGAAGAAUUCAACAGAAACCGAUCUAACAAAUACGAUACCCAUCGGUCAAAAUUCGUUGAUCAAUGCGUCGCCUACAAGUCUACUUUCUUCAAGUUCGUUGAAAUCGAUAGGAUUCGAAGCUUCAUUUGAUGUAAAUGUCAAUAAUUUAUCAAGAAAUUUGAAUACUUGCGACGAUGACAAUUUUUUAAAAACAUUUAAUGAUGAUAUUUUGAACGAAUUUGAAUCAGAUACUUUCUCGAUUGAUCCAAACAUCUUCGAUCCUAUUCAAGACCUACUCAGUUCUGAUUUCGACAUGUUCGAGAAACAAUCAGAUUCUGUAUUACCACAACAAACUGAAGCUUCUGAUAUGAAUACAAUUAAUUCUUAUUUAACUCUUCCCAUCAUACGUGAAACUGAUCAUUCAUUCGUAUCAUCGAUAGAUUCAACGUCGAACAAUUCCGAAAGAGAUCAAUACAUUCUACGAGAUUCAAUAGCGUCUUCAGAUCCAAUUCCAACUGUGACCAUUACUCAUUUGAAUGUUUCAACUACAGUGUAUGUUAGCAUGGAACAAAUUGAAGUGACUUGGACGCCAAUAUUAAAUCCAUGCCAAGAUGAUUUCAUCGGUAUCUAUUUUGUAGAAACACCGAUUCUUACAGGUGCUUGUGAUUAUAUUGGCUAUGAGUUUGUGCAAAAUCAGACUAGUGCAUCAUGGGAAAUGGUCAAUUUACGUCGACAACUUGAAUUUCGCUAUUACUCACGCGAUCAGCAUUGCUCUGGUAACUAUUCGUUUGUCGCUAAAUCACCCGUUAUUCGACCCCUUAACUAUAACGAACCAACACAGAUCCAUUUAGCAUAUGGUGAUCAAAUUGAUCAAAUGUUUGUGUCUUUUGUUACUAAUUCAAGUGCUCAUACACCACGAUGUCAAUAUGGAUUGAAUCCAUCGUCACUAGAAUGGGAGGCUAAUGGUACGACACUCACUUAUACGGCAUCGGACAUGUGUGAAGGCAGAGCUACUGUAUGGGGUCCACAUAAUUUCAUCGAUCCUGGCUUUAUGCACACCAUUUUACUCAGUAAUCUUCAACCAUCAACUACUUAUUUCUAUCGAGUCGGCACUGAAGAAGAUGGCUGGUCGUCAGUAUAUUCAUUUACCAAUCGUCCGGCAAAUGAAGAUUCAGAAGUGAUCCUCAUUGCUUAUGGUGACAUGGGGUUGGCACCAUUCGCAUCAGGUGCUAAAUCAACUAUGGAUCGAGUACGAGCACGAGUAAUAUCGACUAAUAUCACUUGUCUAUUACAUAUUGGUGAUAUUAGUUAUGCUAUGGGUAUUGCUAUUUUGUGGGAUGCAUUCAUGACUCAGAUAGGACCGAUCGCAUCUCAUGUACCAUACAUGGUCAGCAUUGGAAAUCACGAAUAUGAUCAUGUUACUGGCGGUGAUAAAGAUCCAAGUAGAGCACCAGGUCCCGGAGGAUUUCGUCCGAAAUGGGGUGAUUAUGGUAUUGAUUCUGGUGGUGAAUGUGCUGUUCCCAUGGUACGUCGUUUUCACUCUCCAUCCAAUGGUAACAGUCUAUUUUGGUACAGUUUUGAUGUUGGUCCCAUUCAUUUUGUUAUAUAUUCGAAUGAACAUGAUUUUCAUCGUGGAUCACCACAAUAUAUUUGGCUCGAACAAGAUCUUCAAACAGUAAAUCGUUCUCGUACACCUUGGCUUAUUACUACUUCACAUCGUCCCAUGUAUUCAUCGCAAAUAAUUCCAAAACCUUAUUUUAUUAUAUUAAUGUUACAAUUAUAUUUAGAACCGUUAUUUUACAAAUAUCAUGUUGAUAUUAAUCUUUAUGCUCAUAUACAUUCGUAUGAGCGAACUUGUCCAAUGUAUCAACAUAAAUGUGUUGAUGAUGGUAUUACACAAGUUUUAAUUGGUAUGGCUGGACAAGAUUUAGUUUCUUAUCCGUACACAGGUGCUGAAUGGAGUAUCUAUCAUGAUGAAGAAUAUGGCUACACACAAUUGUGGGCUAAUCGAACCUUUUUGAAAUUUACCUAUUAUCACGAUACUGAUGAUGCUAUCGCCGAUGAAUUUGUACUCAAGAAAUGA